AGGAUCCAAAAAAAAAAAAAAACUCUCAGAGUAAUUACUUCUCAGUUGUUGGCACUGACAGCUACACCGUGCUACUUACACCCGGAACCGAUGACGGAUUUUUCAAUUGCGGCUAAAGAAGCCGCACAUGCUGUGGCAGAUUAAUAAAAAAGAAAAACUUUUCAUUUGAUACCAGCGUGGAGAAGAGCUUGAAUAGAUGACAGUGAAAGAUCCCGGCGUGACACUUGCAACUGUUAUUAUACGAAGGACAGAUCUGCAGAGCUAUGGCAAUGUAAUGAACAGGUUUUACUUUUACUUCAGACAGUGCAAAGGCAUUCAGCUACCACAAACAUGAAAAUACGUUGGUCAAGAAAGCUGGGGAUUAUUGCAAAGGGCUGUUUGCUGGCAUCAGCACUGUGGCUGGCAUAUCUAAUAUUAGAGUUUUCUACAUCUACUUUCCACGGUUCAGGUGAAAAUGUUAAAGCCCGGAACAUACAUGAGAGACAUUUCUAUCACCAUGAAAGCAGAGAACAGCUAGCCCGCCCAGUAUAUCUCAAACCUCCACCAGACCCAAAUGCUCCAGGUGAGUGGGGAAAGGCUGCCAGACUUGAUUUGGAUUCAGAGAAGAAGAAACUGGAAGAAGAGAGUAUUGAGAAGUAUGCAAUUAAUAUCUUCCUCAGCGACAAGAUCUCCCUGCACAGACAUAUCUUGGAUAAUAGGAUGUAUGAGUGCAGAGUCAAGCAAUAUAACUACAGGGAGCUCCCUACAACUUCGGUAGUUAUUGCUUUUUACAAUGAGGCGUGGUCCACGUUGCUAAGAACCAUACACAGUGUUCUAGAGACUACUCCAGCUAUUCUCCUGAAAGAAAUUAUACUGGUUGAUGAUUUUAGUGACAGAGUUUACCUGAAAUCCCAGCUGGAGAUUUACAUCAGCAAUCUGGAAAGGGUUCGUCUUAUCCGAACAAACAAGCGGGAGGGACUUGUUCGUGCCCGACUAAUUGGAGCUACCUUUGCAACUGGAGAUGUCCUGACAUUCCUGGAUUGCCAUUGUGAGUGUGUGCCUGGGUGGAUUGAACCUCUUUUAGAAAGAAUAGGAGAAAACAAAACGGCUAUAGUGUGUCCUGUAAUUGAUACCAUUGAUUGGAACUCAUUUGAGUUUUACAUGCAGACAGAUGAGCCAAUGAUUGGUGGAUUUGACUGGCGCUUAACUUUCCAGUGGCAUGGAGUUCCUGAUCAGGAACGUCGUAGACGAAAAUCUAAAAUCGAUCCCAUCAGGUCACCAACCAUGGCAGGAGGUCUUUUUGCUGUAAGCAAAGAAUACUUUGAGUAUCUUGGCACUUAUGAUAUGGGAAUGGAAGUAUGGGGAGGUGAAAAUCUUGAACUUUCAUUUAGGGUAUGGCAGUGUGGUGGAUCCUUGGAAAUUCAUCCUUGUUCUCAUGUAGGACAUGUCUUUCCAAAGAAAGCUCCUUAUGCUCGCCCUAACUUUCUUCAGAACACGGUGCGUGCAGCAGAGGUUUGGAUGGAUGCAUAUAAGCAGCACUUUUACAACCGAAAUCCUCCUGCAAGAAAGGAAAAGUAUGGUGAUAUUUCAGAGCGGAAGCUCCUUCGCGAGAGACUUACGUGUCAUAACUUUGACUGGUACUUGAAAAACAUCUACCCAGAUUUACAUGUUCCAGAAGACCGGCCCGGAUGGCACGGGGCAGUACGGAGCAAAGGCAUUUCUUCUGAAUGUCUGGAUUACAAUGCUCCUGAGCAUAACCCAACUGGUGCUCAUCUUUCCCUUUUUGGCUGUCACGGGCAAGGAGGUAAUCAGUAUUUUGAAUAUACAUCUAAAAAGGAAAUCCGUUUCAACUCUGUAACAGAACUUUGUGCAGAAGUACCAGAAGGCCAAAAUUACAUUGGAAUGAAAUACUGUCCUCGUGAUGGAGUAAAUGUCCCAGGGAAUGUUGUAUGGGAAUUUAAGAAAGAUGGAACAAUCUAUCACCCACACUCCAACAUGUGCAUUACCUCCUAUCGCACUUCAGAAGGAAGGACAGAUGUACAAAUGCAAAACUGUAAUCCAGCAGACAAAAAUCAGAUCUGGAAAUUUGAGUAGCUAUUCUGAUGCCAUAGCAGAUGCCAGCUUCCAAUGGAAGUGCCAAUAUUUUAACAUUUAGGACAUAUUUGAAGAGAAAAAGAUAUGCCAAAUCAUUAAUCUUAACAGUUUACCAUAAACAUAAAUUUUGCUACCUGACUCUGUUUAUAACCCACAGAAGAUAAACAGAAUAUUUUUGCAAUUUAUUUGUAACAAGUGCUAAUGAAAAUAGGGUAUUCUGUUUACCUCUAGAAAUGCUUAUUUUGAGAAAUUCUUGAAGAGUUUACUGAAAUCUUGGCUUUACGGUGUUUAAGCGGAUGUUUAGGUUAUUGCACUAAUAUAUAAAGAUUUAGUAAUUUAAAUCAUGUUUGCUUUAUAAAUUUCCCCUUUUCAAAUAUUUUCAUUUUGUCUAACCCUUUACACAAAUGCCUUCAUGUCUUUUAAAAUGUGUCAAACACAAUUCAUAAUGUAUAAUUUAGAGUUUGCCUGUUUCAAACAAAAGAGCAGUCAGCACAUAAACAGCAGGAACUGUUUUGAAUAAGAACUGAAUUAUAAGGCAUAUUGCCUACAUCUUUUUUCUUUUCAUAACCAAAGAGGACACUGCCCUUUACUGCUUGAAAGGUAGGUUCUGGUGAGAAAUAUUGCAAUGCAAUGAACAACACUAUAACAUUUUAUAAUUUAACAGCUUAGGAUGUUCAUGUGAAUAGAGCAUUUUAGUGGUGUGCCUUAUUUUCUUGUAUAUAUUUGUACAAGUCCCCAUUGUUUGUAUAGAAAAUAAUUCCAAACUCAUUGUUCCAAGUUUUAGAAAGGAAAAACACACGCACACAUAUUGAAAAAGUAACUAAUAAAGACUAGUAAAAUUAAAUAUAUAAGUGAACUUUCAAAUUCCAAGAUAAUGUAAUAUUUAUACAAUAUCACAUAAUAUUAGCAGGUAUAAUUAACAUGUGAACUGUUUUUUUUUCCUUUAGUCCUUCAAAUUUGUAAUUCCAAUGGUAUACUUUUGAUUUUUAUAGUUAUUGGGCUACAAUAUAAAAAUGAUUACAAAGCAGUUAGGAAUUAUAUAAUGAAAAAACAUUUUAUGCAUUUGUUGUAUAUGUGUUUUACAGGAACCAAUUUAAUUUUUAUUUUGCUGAUAUUUGGGGAAAACAAUUUUAGGAUUCAGCCUUUUAGUAUAUUUUUACUUUGUUCUCAUUUCGGCAUUAUGAAUGCUAUGUUAGACCUAAACUUAACGUGUGUCUUUUCUGUGUUGUUUGUCUUAAUUGAUGGUUUUAAGAAAGUAUAUUUAUCUCCCUAAUCUUUAAUUUGUUUGGCAGCUAAUGUCCAUUUUUCCAAGGCCUCACAUAUUUUUCAGAUAUUUUUUAAAAUAAAUUUCACAUCAGUAUGAUAGUAAGUAAAUACCAAGAAAUAUCAAAAGUCUACAGAAUAAUGUAAUGUAAGUUCUCAGAGUUAAUUGAACCAAAGUAAUGUAUUUUGGUUAUCAGAUUUCUGCUUAUUUACAAAGCAAAAAAGCAGAAAUGAUUUCUAAUUUUAGACUUGCUUGAAAAAAUGCAAUGUGCUGUUUAUAACUUAACAUUUCUUAAGUAAAUGAACUACACUGAUGUAUUUUACAUGGAAUUGGAAUGAAGCUUUUGUUCAUUUCAGAUGUCAUAAAAACUUCAUGUUGCAGUGUCUUGUACAAAUGGAAUAUUUGUCAUUUGUCUGUAUAUUUUGUUUGACAGAGUGUUCCCUUCAUCUUCACAAAGUACAGACAUUUACUACAUUACAUAGGCAACAAAUACAGGAAUAAAAUUGAGAACAUCUAAAUAACAUAGUGUACACAAUUCAACAUUGCUUGUUAACUUUCUAUAAAACAAAACAUGAUAUAAAACAAUUUAAAUUUGAUACAUAAAGACUGAAGGGGGUGCUCACAAGGAACUUGAAUAUGAAAAUUAUAAUUUGUUUCAAACUACUGAUUGGAUAUUGAGCACAAAAGCUGUGAUUUUCUUUUGUUUUGUUGGUCGACAAAAUAUGAUGGAAAUAAAAACAAUUAAGUCUG